AAGUAAACUUGAUUAAUUGAUUGAACAGAAAUGAUUAAAAGAAGUGACUUUCCUUUUAAAUGAUGAAACAUUGCUGGUGGGAGAUACCAUCUGACUGCUGCCUCCUAAUUAAAUAAAAAUGUAUGAUAAACUAUUUAACUUUGAAAUAUUGAAGGAAAGUUACAAAAUAUUACUCAAAUAAAUUAAUUUUCUUGUUCCUGAAAAAAAUCAAACCUUGUAUGCUUCCAAAACAAAAUGGAUUUCUCCUUUUGUUGUACCCCUCCUCCUCUAUCAACGUGGUACAGUCCGUCAAGACCAGGUGCAAGCAAUUAGUGCUAAUAGAACUUCUUUUGCUUGGAGGAAGAGGUAAGACUCAUACAGACUCUCUUACGAUAUGUAACAUUGUAAUUCUGAAGAAUGUUGUAGGUUACUUGAUGUUUGGAUACACCAAAGCAUCUGAUUUGCUGCAGUUUAGCUAGUUCUUACCAACCAUCUUAGUCAGCGUACCAGAGUUUAAAGGGAAGGUGACUCACUCCAGAAUUAGACAAAACUGUAUUUGGUCAUUUUCUGUGUAUCAGUGAGUGAUAUUCUUUCACAGGCACAAAUUAUCUAGGUAAUAAUCAUUAGUAUUAAGAUAAUGUUUUAAUAUUUGAAGGUAUUGAGAACUUGUCAAUAGAAAGUCAAUUAUGUAAUACUGUGUACUUCAAUACAGCAUUUUCUCAUACAAUAGCAUCAAAUCAUAUUGUGUACAGCAGAGGUGUCAAACUCAAGUUCUUGAGGGCUUGUGUCCAGCAACUUUUAGAUGUGUCUGUGAUGCCACACGGCUGGAUCAAAUGGGGUGGUUAUCAGCAGGUCAUCAACUUGACUGCACUUAGAAGCUAAUUCAGUCAUAUAAUUCAGGUAUUUUGGACCAGAGGAACAUCUAAAAGUUGCAGUACACUGGCCCUCGAUGCCUGGAGUUUGACACCCCUGGUGUACAGUGUCAUGUUGUUACUCAACAGCACGUUACUCUGAUCUUUGCAGGAGAUGUCAGCAACAAGGUCUCAGAGAGCAAAAAGAAAUCCCAAACAUGAUGCCAGUUAUUAUUGCUCCUUAGGUGAAGAUAAAGAGGGAUUUGAUGAAAAUACAUUAAUUCAUUUAAAGGUCGGGGUGUGUUCAGUUGCCGGUGCUUUCAAAAAGGAGAUUCUUAUUGAGUACAGAGGGGAAGUCAUAAGUAGAAAGGAACAAGAAAACCGAUUGAAAAUUUACCAUGAUGCACUCAAGGCUUUUAUGUUUGAUUUCAAGUUCAAUGGACAACAGCUUUGUGUUGAUGCUGCCAGAGAGGAUGGAUCAUUGGGGAGGCUGGUAAAUGAUGAAGAGAUGAACCCAAACAGCAAAUUGAAAGUUACAAGGGUGGAUGGAAGACCUCAUCUUUGUUUAUUUGCACUCAAAGAUAUUGGUCCUGGGGAAGAAAUCACUUAUAUUUAUGGUGAUUCUGACUGGCCAUGGAGAAGAAAGAUUUCCAAAGAUGAACUGUGUCAGGCUGUUGACGUGGACGCAUGCGGAUCCUGUUCAACUAACCCUCCAGAGAUUUCCAAAGAUGAAAGGUGUCAGGCUGGUGACGUGGAUACAUGCGGAUCCUGUUCAACCAACCCUCCAGAGAUUUCCAUAGAAGAACCGUGUCAGGCUGGUCAUGUGGAUGCGUACAGAUCCUGUUCAACCAACCCUCCAGAGAUUUCCAAAGAUGAGCUGUGUCAGGCUGGUGAGGUAGAUGCAUGCAGAACCUGUUCAACCAACCCUGCAGAGCACAAAGUAAACACAGAGAUGGUAAGGGGAAAGAACUCAACAGAAAACUAAAACGGAAGGACAUAGAGCCCCGCAGAAAAAUGAACACAAAUAAAAAUUCUGCAUCUCUGGAAAGUGCUAGGAGAGCAAAAAAGCAUCCAUGGUCUCCCGUAGAGGUUGCUGCGGUCAUGAGGCACUUUGGUGAACACAUCAAGAAAGGACAACUGGCCACUAUGAUAGAAUGCCAGCAAUGCAAAAAGGCUGAGGAUCCUGCUCUAGCUAGUUGUGAUAUCCAAAACAUAAGAGAUUUUGUGAGAAAUCAGGGUGUAACAUUGAAAGUACUUUCAAUAAAUUAAUCCAGUAUUUCUACUGAUACUAUGAGUAAGUUCAUCUUGUUCACACAAUUUGUUUUAUCUUUUUGAUUUAACAAUAGACCUGUAAUUCAUUUAAUUUUGGCAUUCACAGAUUUUCCUUUAUGUUCACAAAUAGAAUUGUUGCUCUAGUUCUUAGAGCAGAAGGUGCUGUAAAUGCAGUCCACUUUCUGCGUAGUUAUAUUCCAUAUUUCCAUGUUUGGACUUAAUACAAAUACAUUUCAUGUUUGUGUAUGCCGUGGUCCUGAUAAAUAAAGUUGGCCCUGACAAUUACUGUUGGUGUCAUGGGCGGAGCCAAGCACC